AUGGUGUCGCCUGUUCCAGAAAUAGCACCCGAUUUCAAAGAUUCCGACACAGUUGAGUGUCUUGUUGUCAAGACGGACGUGUUCAAAAGGCUGUUCGGCUCGUACCGAGCGGGCGCUGCGGAGCCGACCUUUGAUGGAAAGCCAGACCUUCGGGCUUUUGCUUACCUGGCCCAUGUCCGCGGCGUCUAUUCUCAUGCGAUGGCAUCGACAUCGCCCGGAGACACAAAGCUAGAGUUAUCUCUUGUGCUGGGCCACAGAAUUGCGCCGUUCGGCUUGCAGCGGCCGAUCAUGAUGAUGUCCCACGUCGUCUCCCUCGAGGGCGUUGAUAAACUCGACCUUUCGAAUAAGAACCCUAUAUACAUCGGACUGCCUCUGCGUAUCAGGGAUGAUAUUUUGGCAUCUCUGACCCAAGAAGGCCAGAUUGACGGAAACGCAGAAUGGCUGCGGAGGCGAUUCAGAGAUGGUUACCUGCUGAAGCCUUACGCUUCCCUCGCCGGUGCCCCCUCCACGGUGCUAUUUCUCCGGCAUUUGAGUGCCACGCUUCCCGUCAGAACAGCGACGUCCGUCAAACCAUGGUCCAAAACUGGUGUUGACUUGGAGGUCCGGGACUCCAGGACCGAACUCGUCGACAUCACGUACCGCUCAUCAUGGCAACCCGGACGGCUCCUGGCGAUAGGCGACCCCUCCUUCAACAUUAGCUUGCUGCGACUGCGCGGUCAAAUCCAUGCCGAGGCCAGAUCCCUGGUCCGCCAGCAUGCAGUUGCCAACUUCGUCAAGAUGUCUGAAUUCACAUCCCAGCUGCCCUCCGCCGUAGCUUACGUGGUUCAAGCAAGCAACAUGGACAACAUUAGGGUUGGAAAAAGCGAAAGUAGAAAACGGUGGUGUAUUCCUUGGCCGAUCAUGGAUCAAGCAGAGGCGCCGGCCGACAUGGACAAUGUCGUCAAUAACCCUCAGUACUACAACAAGGUGCACGAUGUCACUCGUCGCUUGACCCGCGGCAAGGACACAACCUCUAGUUACAACGAGUGA